GGCUGGGCAGGGAGGGGUGGCUUGUGGCAGUGAUUUGGGUGACAACGGUCAGUGAUGGAAGUAGCUGCGGCGAGGCGGCCGGUUCAGCAGUGCCGGGCGGGGGCGGCGCCCGGCUCGCGCCUGUAAGACCUCGGGGCGGCGCGGCGAGAUGGGGACCCGGCGCGGGGAGUGAAGUGGCGGCGGCAGUAGCGGCGAGCGGAACUUCAGCCAGAGGGGCUCUCGCGCUUCCCCCUCUGGCUCGUCGGCCUCCACCUGCAGGUCCACGGUCCCCGCGUCCCGCGGGACCAGGACGGCGACGGCGGGGGCAUGUGGCGCUGGGUCCGGCAGCAGCUGGGUUUUGACCCACCACAUCAAAGUGACACAAGAACUAUUUACAUAGCCAACAGGUUUCCUCAGAAUGGCCUUUAUACACCUCAGAAAUUUAUAGAUAACCGGAUCAUUUCAUCCAAGUAUACUGUGUGGAAUUUUGUUCCAAAGAACUUAUUUGAACAGUUCAGAAGAGUUGCAAACUUUUAUUUUCUUAUUAUAUUUUUGGUUCAGCUUAUGAUUGAUACACCUACCAGUCCAAUUACCAGUGGGCUUCCAUUAUUCUUUGUAAUAACAGUAACUGCCAUAAAACAGGGAUAUGAAGAUUGGUUACGACAUAACUCAGAUAAUGAAGUAAAUGGAGCUCCUGUUUAUGUUGUUCGAAGUGGUGGCCUUGUAAAGACUAGAUCAAAAAACAUUCGGGUGGGUGAUAUUGUUCGAAUAGCCAAAGAUGAAAUUUUCCCUGCAGAUUUGGUGCUUCUGUCCUCAGAUCGACUUGAUGGUUCUUGUCACAUUACAACUGCUAGUUUGGAUGGAGAAACUAACCUGAAGACACACGUGGCAGUGCCAGAGACAGCAGUAUUACAGACGGUCGCCAGUUUGGACACUCUUGUAGCUGUGGUAGAGUGUCAGCAACCAGAAGCCGACUUGUACAGAUUCAUGGGACGAAUGAUAAUAACUCAACAAAUGGAAGAAAUUGUAAGACCUCUGGGACCAGAGAGUCUCUUGCUUCGUGGAGCCAGAUUAAAAAACACAAAAGAGAUUUUUGGUGUUGCUGUAUACACUGGAAUGGAAACAAAGAUGGCAUUAAAUUAUAAGAGCAAGUCACAGAAACGAUCCGCAGUAGAAAAGUCAAUGAAUACAUUUUUGAUAAUUUAUCUAAUAAUCCUUAUUUCUGAAGCCAUCAUCAGUACUAUCUUGAAAUAUACAUGGCAAGCUGAAGAAAAAUGGGAUGAACCUUGGUAUAACCAAAAAACAGAACAUCAAAGAAAUAGUAGUAAGAUUCUGAGAUUUAUUUCAGACUUCCUUGCCUUUUUGGUACUCUACAAUUUCAUCAUUCCAAUUUCAUUAUACGUGACAGUAGAAAUGCAGAAAUUUCUUGGAUCAUUUUUUAUUGGUUGGGAUCUUGAUCUCUAUCAUGAAGAAUCGGAUCAGAAAGCUCAAGUCAAUACUUCAGAUCUGAAUGAAGAGCUUGGGCAGGUGGAGUAUGUGUUUACAGAUAAAACUGGCACACUGACAGAAAAUGAGAUGCAGUUUCGGGAAUGUUCAAUUAACGGCAUAAAAUACCAAGAAAUUAAUGGCAGACUUGUAUCCGAAGGACCAACACCAGACUCUGCAGAAGGCAGCUUAAGUUAUCUUAGUAGUUUUUCCCAUCUGAACAACUUGCCCCAUAUUACAUCCAGUUCUUCCUUUAGAGCCAGUCCUGAAAGUGAAACUGAACUGAUUAAAGAACAUGAUCUCUUCUUUAAAGCAGUCAGUCUCUGUCACACUGUACAAAUUAGUAAUGUUCAAACUGAUGGCAUCGGUGAUGGUCCCUGGCAGUCCAACCUUGCACCCUCCCAGCUGGAAUACUAUGCAUCUUCACCAGAUGAAAAGGCUCUAGUGGAAGCUGCUGCAAGAAUGGGCAUUGUAUUUAUUGGCAAUUCUGAAGAAACUAUGGAAGUUAAAACACUUGGAAAACUGGAACGGUACAAACUGCUUCAUAUUCUGGAAUUUGAUUCAGAUCGUAGGAGAAUGAGUGUAAUUGUACAGGCACCUUCAGGUGAGAAGUUUUUAUUUGCUAAAGGAGCUGAAUCAUCAAUUCUCCCUAACUGUAUAGGUGGAGAAAUAGAAAAAACCAGAAUUCAUGUAGAUGAAUUUGCUUUGAAAGGGCUAAGAACUCUGUGCAUGGCCUAUAGACAGUUGACAUCUAAAGAGUAUGAGGUAAUGGACAGGCGCCUGUUUGAAGCCAGGACUGCCUUGCAGCAACGGGAAGAGAAGUUGGCUAAUGUCUUCCAGUUCAUAGAGAAAGACCUGAUAUUACUUGGAGCUACAGCAGUAGAAGACAGACUACAAGAUAAAGUUCGAGAAACUAUUGAAGCAUUGAGAAUGGCUGGUAUCAAAGUUUGGGUACUUACUGGAGAUAAACAUGAAACAGCUGUUAGUGUGAGUUUAUCGUGUGGACAUUUCCACAGAACCAUGAAUAUCCUUGAACUUAUAAACCAGAAAUCAGACAGCGAAUGUGCUGAACAGUUGAGACAGCUUGCCAGAAGAAUUACAGAGGAUCAUGUGAUUCAGCAUGGGCUGGUGGUGGAUGGGACCAGUCUAUCUCUUGCACUCAGGGAGCAUGAAAAACUAUUUAUGGAUGUUUGCAGAAAUUGUUCAGCUGUAUUGUGUUGUCGUAUGGCACCACUGCAGAAAGCCAAGGUGAUAAGACUGAUAAAAAUCUCACCUGAGAAACCUAUAACAUUGGCUGUUGGUGAUGGUGCUAAUGAUGUAAGCAUGAUACAAGAAGCUCAUGUUGGCAUAGGAAUCAUGGGUAAAGAAGGAAGACAAGCUGCAAGAAACAGUGACUAUGCAAUAGCUAGAUUUAAAUUUCUCUCCAAGUUGCUUUUUGUUCAUGGUCAUUUUUAUUAUAUUAGAAUAGCUACCCUUGUACAGUAUUUUUUUUAUAAGAAUGUAUGCUUUAUCACACCCCAAUUUUUAUAUCAGUUCUACUGUUUGUUUUCUCAACAAACAUUGUAUGACAGCGUGUACCUGACUUUAUACAACAUUUGUUUUACUUCCCUACCUAUUCUGAUAUAUAGUCUACUGGAACAGCAUAUAGACCCUCAUGUAUUACAGAACAAGCCCACCCUCUAUCGAGACAUUAGUAAAAACCGUCAACUAAGCAUUAAAACUUUUCUUUAUUGGACCAUCCUGGGUUUCAGUCAUGCCUUUAUUUUCUUUUUUGGAUCCUAUUUUCUAAUGGGGAAUGAUAUAUCUCUGCUUGGAAAUGGCCAGAUGUUUGGAAACUGGACAUUUGGCACCUUGGUUUUCACGGUCAUGGUUAUUACAGUUACAGUAAAGAUGGCUUUGGAGACUCAUUUUUGGACCUGGAUCAACCAUUUUGUUACCUGGGGAUCUAUUAUAUUCUAUUUUGUAUUUUCUUUGUUUUACGGAGGGAUUCUCUGGCCAUUUUCGGGCUCCCAGAAUAUGUACUUUGUGUUUUUUCAGCUCCUAUCAAGUGGUUCUGUUUGGUUUGCCAUAAUCCUCAUGGUUGUAACAUGCCUGUUUCUUGAUAUUGUGAAGAAAGUAUUUGACAGACAGCUCCAUCCUACAAAUACUGAAAAGGCUCAGAUGUACUCCAACACAGUUGCUUUAAGUGACGAGUUCAUCGCACUGCAGCCAUUGUCGAGGGCAAGGAAUCAGCUGAGCAAACUUAGCUUACUGAAACAAAUUCAAGUAUCAAGUGCUUGGACUCCAUGUGCUGUUUCUCAGAAGGAGAGACAGCGUGCGCAUCUGUUGGAAGAAUGCUGGAACGAGUAAUAGGAAGAUGUAGUCCGACCCAUGUCAGCAGAUCAUGGAGUGCAUCGGAUCCUUUCUAUACCAACGACAGGAGCAUCUUGACUCUCUCCACAAUGGACUCAUCUACUUGUUAAAAGAGCAGUCAGUGCUUUGUGGGAGCCCUUUCAACUCCUUGCCUAAAAUGCAGUGUGUUCAUCCUGGUAAUGGCCACACUAGCUCUGCAGCAUUACUUUCUGAAAUCUCUGCGGUAGUUCGUACCAGCUCAGAGUUAUAACGGCAAACAAACAAAAAGCAUUAGCAUGAACCACUCUCAGCCCCUUUAAAUUAAAUCUGACCACGUUUAAAAUUUGUGAAUAAAGGGACAUUUUCUGACUUUCUCUGGGAUUCCCUUUGCUUACGGGACUCCUAAUGGCAUUUCAGCCUCUUGCUAAGGCCAUCAUAUUUUAAUAUCAAGGUAGAAAAGAGAAAUAAUUUCUAGUUAAUUGUAUUUUUGAGUAUUAGCUUAGUUAUUGAGUCUUCUAUUUAAAUCUGCUUCUGUAAAUUAUGCUGAAAAGUUUGCCUUGAAAACUCUAUUUUUUUAUUAGAGUUAUAUUUGAAGCUUUUCAUGGGAAAAGUAAAUGUGAAUAGUAAGGAGUUUUGUUUCCUAAGUGACCCAUGUUGUUAAUUCGUCAGUGCUUUCUAAGUUCAUAGAGAAAAUUAGGAGAAUGUGUUUGUGUUCUUUACUGCACUAUGGGUAGUAAACAUACACCAAUACCAAACUUAAUGUACUGGAACACAACCAGUAAAAUUAACUGUACACAUCAAAGGGUGUAUCUUUUUUCAUUCAUACAUCAGAAAUCCAGUCCACCAAAUUUCAAAUUGAUGUUUACUAAUAUUUCUAUGACAGAAUAUAAAGUGGGUAAAUUAGGUACUAGUAGCAUAUUAUUAUUUAAUGUGUUUAUCUUCGGAUCUUUUGCAUGCUGGUUAAUAUAUUUAAAUUUGCCUCUAUCUGAAGGCUCUGUUUAUAGUAUUUUUAUGACAUUGUUGUGAAGUUCAACUGUAUCAAUAAAAAAACAAGUUUGGACAGUAUUUAAAUAUUGCAAAUACUUUUAAUUUUGCAAAUCAAAACAUUAGGGUAAUUAAUUAAAAAAGAAGAGCCUCUUUCUGUGGCUUUAGAGUUGCUUUUGCCUUUCAGUUGGCUAGAUUCUAGAAUAGAGGAUCUCAGGCAUGAAUCCUGUCAUUCUUAGGUCGGUGUGCAUUGUCUAAGUUACAGCAGACCACCACAGUAAAGUGAGAUCUGCCCAGUGUUUCACUGGAAGGUGUAAUUUCAGAUAUGUAUAGAGAAUGUAAAUGAAACAAAGUCUAAAAUGCUAAAUUGUAUGGGGUAAUGGCAGUGCUAAAUUAAAAUGCUAAGAAUGAUUAAUUAGAAUAUAUUCAGUAUUAACUCACUACACUUGAAUACUUAAUUUUCAUCCUGAAUUUAUCAUGUAGAUCCAUUGUUUGGCAUUUGCUUUGAUUAAAAGUAAUAUGUUUUAAGAACUACUACCCAGCCCUGUACAUACACAUUUUAAACUGUAGGGAAAUAGUUAAAUAAGGUUUUGCCAGAGUUUUCCAUACAAUUGAGAAUAUAAUUCCUUUUUGUAGAUUUUUGUGCAACCCUCCAUCCCGUUCUCAUUUCAUAAAUAUAAGACUUCACCUUUUUUCACUGGUAAACUCUUUUCUUGCUAGUAUAACCUUUGUCUUUUUUUAUAAUGCAAGGAUAUUGGGUUAUGAAUUUCAGCCUGAUACUAAUUUUCAUAAAUAGCCCAUCUUUAACUUAGAUAUUCCAGAAUUGCUUUAGAAAGAUCCUGUCAUUCUGGAAAUAUGUUAAAAGGAUAUAAUAAAAUGUAUAAUGUGUGGUACACUCACCAAUUCAUGUUCCAGAAGAGGAAAUAUUGCAAAAAAUAUUCAAUGGAGUAGUUUAGUGGAGGAUAUUAUGGAAUUUGCUUUUCUUAGAAUAUCUUACGAAGUGUUCACAUGAUAAAAUGACAUUCAGUAAGCCUGCAUCGCGCCUACCUUACAGUGUGUACUUGCCAUCAGCUAAACUGACUGCUGACACCAGGGAAGGACUGCACAGCCGCCCCGCACUCUGCGACCACCUGCAGCAAGGCAGGGUCAGCUAACGUGCAUGGUGCUCAGGGUGUGGUGGAUGUAAUUUCUGCACUCCUGUUUGAAAUUGUUUAAGAACUUAUUUUAAAAAGGUAAAUGCUUCCACAGACAAUGCUCAUCCUGCUCUGUUCAAAACCUACUCCAUUUAGAGGAAAAUUAUCUUGCAAUUGUAAGAAAAGGGUUUUCUUUUCCUUAAGAAAGGACCAGUGUUGUCUGUAAGCUUCCAAUUGUUUUCUAGUGCUAAUACUCAUACUGUAAAACAAAAUUUUCCCUUUGCAUAUUUAAAGUCUUUGGAAAUACAAUGUUGAUCAUUAACUUACUCUCGUCUGCCAAAACCAGAGUAAGAUGCUACCUGUGUUAUUACUAAUUAAUUAAAGGUCUCGAAUCUGUUUUCCUCAUUUGCUUGCCAUUGCCUCGUCUAAGGCUGUAGCCCUGAAGACAGCAGCAAGCACCAGGUCAGUUUCCAGAAUUGCCCGUCAGCUGCACUCUGUGACUCAGCACCCUGCCUCGCUCGGCAUGAGGCUCAGCCUGGAGGGUAGCAGAGUGUGGGCCAGGAGAACUACAGUAUCCAGGUUUGCUGUGGGGGAGAAUUUAGUUUGAAUUUCUUUUAAAUACCCUUCUCCUUGGAUCUUCAUUUCCAUGCUGUUCAAAGGCUUCCCAGGCCUGACCCAAAUUCUGGCCCUGUCCUUGUUAGAGGAUGGAACAGGCACAUCACCCUGUUUGGAAAUAGCUCUCCUCAGACCAGGGUCUUUUCUGCAUAAGAUUGUGAAAUCGGGCUGUUGGGUGUGUGUCACAAACUUGAGACCCCUAUCUGAUAGACAGGAGUCAAGGCCAGUAAAAAGUUUUUAAGACCAAAAGUUUUUGAAAUACACUAGUCUGAAAGUUAUUGGGGUCUGUCUGGAAGGAAAGGGAAAAUUUUUUAUGUUUGUAUCUUUCAUGUAAAGAUCAAUUUGGGGUACGAUGUAAACAGGUAUCAAUGAAACUAACACACCAAAGAGAUAUGUAAAGCAUGUUGUAUUAAUUUUUAAUCCCCUUUUAGAGAUGUUUUUAUUCCUGUCCUGAAUUGAGUUACCUAUUUUCAUAAAAAUGGAACAUUAUUAAUGUGCUGUUUAUGUGAGAAAACUUGAAUGAUACUCCUACAAAAAGUGCAUCAUAAUUAAUGAUAUGUUUGUAAUAAUGGCAAUUGUUAGAUUUUUAUGAGGAAUCAGUAGUUGUAAAUACUAUAGCAACACUUAGCUUCAAAUUUUGGACCUCAGACACUGUGGCGGUCUAAUAUAAUCCUAUAAAAAUUUUAUGCAUUUUUAGUAAAUGUAGUAUACUUAUUGUACAGUUCUCAGUAAUUUUUUAAAGUUUAUGAAAUUAUAUUUAUCAAAUAAAAAUUUUCCUAUGUAA